AUGGAGACUAUCUCUAGGAUAUCAUCAAUGCUGGAAACUGCUCGAGAAUUAACACUCGAAGCUGCACAGACUGCCGCAAGUAAUCGAAGCUCGAAAACCGACUAUUCCUCACGUACAUACAGUGUUCCUCAUAUUAAGAAGCUUCUCGACAGCCGUCAUGAGCGCGAGGUUCUGGAUGGGAUGCGGCGAGUUAUCGCGUUAAUGUAUCGCUCUGAGCCUUCCCUGCCUUUCUUCUCGGCUGUUGUCAAAAACGCAGCUAGCGCCGAUCUCGAAGUCAAGAAACUUGUCUAUAUUUACCUCGUCCAUCAUGCGGAGGCGGAACCGGAUCUGGCAUUGCUAUCGAUAAACGCCAUUCAAAAGUCUUUGACGGAUUCAAAUCCCCAGGUUCGAACGAUGGCGCUGCGAACAAUGUCCGGCAUCCGGGUCCCAGUCAUCAGUCAGAUCAUAUCGCUAGCCAUCAAGCGAGGCUGCGGCGAUAUGAGUCCCCAUGUGCGCAAGGCGGCUGCUCUGGCCAUUCCAAAGUGCUAUCGUCUGGAUCCGAACACCCUGCCGCAAUUGACGGGGUAUAUCGCAACUCUUCUCGGCGAUACUCAAUACUUUGUUGUUGGUCCCGCUGUUGCUGCUUUUUUGGAGGUUUGUCCGGAGCAGAUUGAUCUGAUCCAUAAGCACUAUCGCAGCCUGGUUAAAAAACUGGUCGACAUGGAUGAAUGGGGUCAGCUGGCAACUCUCCGGCUCUUGACUUUUUACGCUCGAAAAUGCUUUCCCCACCGCACUCAAACAGUCAAGCAGGCUUUCACAAAGGGAUUCUAUGACCAAGAGUCGCAGGAUGGAAACUCCCAAGAUGAAGGUGAGGGGUAUGAAGUGACAGCCUUAGAUCCUGAUCUCGAAAUUCUUUUACGGGCUUGCAAGCUAUUGCUACAAAGCCGUAACUCUGCUGUUAUUGUCAGCGUUGUCCGUUGCUUUCUCUACCUAGCCCCUCCUGAAUACCUUGCUUCGGCUAUUGGACCGCUGGUAGCUCUUCUACGAAGCCCACAGGAUAUGCAACUCAUUGCUCUCUACAAUAUCGUUGCAGUCGCCCUACAAGAACCCAAGCCAUUUACGAGAUAUAUCGCACACUUUCUGAUCCACGCUAACGACCCGCCACAUAUCUGGCGUCUGAAGCUUGAGGUAUUGACUAUUAUUUUCUCUCACUGUGGCAAACACUGGAAAAGUGUUAUCAUCAGCGAGCUUGAACACUUCUCCAAGGGCGCUGAUCCCGAAUUGGUGCGUGAAAGCGUGCGAGCUAUUGGACGCUGCGCGCAAGGAGAUCCUACUACUACGGACAUGUGCCUUCGAAUUUUGCUCGGCCAGAUAUCUAGCUUGGACAGCAAUCUUGUAUCUGAAUCUUUGACCGUCAUCCGUCAUUUGAUCCAACAGGAUCCCACAUCCCACAGACAGACCGUUGUUCAGCUCGUCACAAACCUUGGUAUCACCACCCACCCUGAUGCACGAUCUACUAUUAUCUGGCUAGUGGGCGAAUUUGCAGGUAUAAAUCCAAAGCACAACAUUGCGCCGGAUGUUCUCCGCAUUCUCGUCAAGGGAUUCGUCGAUGAGUCCGAGGCUGUCAAACAACAAAUUGUACUACUCGGUGCUAAGGUAUAUCUUCAAUACCUACUCCAAAAGCAGCCUGAGGAAGAUUUGCAAACAGCCAUCUCAUCCGCUGCACAACCUGUCAAGAUUGAUGAAGAGCUUCGUAAUGAGUGGACCGAGGAUCAAUCAGAGGAACAGACGGAGACUGGCCCGCCUCCAGAGGACGAAGCAGCAGUCGAGGAAGAAAUCGGAGCAACGAAGCAAGAAGAUCGUAUUACUUUGCUUUGGCGCUACAUUCUCCUUCUUGCACGAUAUGACACCUCCUAUGAUCUUCGUGAUCGUGCCCGCCUAUACAAAGCCCUACUAGGAAGUCCAGCCUCCACGCAACUGGCCAACCUGCUCCUUCUUGCCCCUAAGCCUGUUCCGCAUACUCCCAGCCCAUCUGAAACGCGCAAGGAUCUUCUCAUCGGAACUGCGACUCUGGUCGUUGGUCCAGAAGCCGGUUAUCACGGGCUUAGGGGCUACACCAAUAUACCCGAUUGGGUCAAGUUGGGACAAGAACCAAGUCCGAGUCUCCGCACCGACGAUCUCAAGAUGGACUCCUCCACGCUCCAGAGCUCGAUGACUGCUGGAGAACGCUUAGACAAAGCACUUCGGCAGCACGAAAAUACUGUACCCCAAAGGACAAAUAGUAAAGUUGCGCCGUCUGGUGCAGCUGGCAAAAAGUCACUGGACCAGUGGCUCGACGAAGAGGACGAAGAGUCGGAAAGUGAAACGGAUGAGGAGACGGAUGAGGAGACGGAUGGGGAGACAGACUCUGAGGAGGAGUCCAGUGAAGAAGAGUCUGAUUCGGAAGAUGACGACGGUUCUGGUGAGGAAACGGACUCAGAGAGCGAAGCCGUUCACAAGGAGGCUCAGCAACUGCUUUCACAACCCGGUGCUAGAUCUCAUGGCCUGUAG